AUGUUCUGCUCAUGUAGAUUGAGCCCUUUAAGGCUUUUCUUACAGGGCGUUUCGCAAACGGUCGCCUCCGAACCCGCCGUCGCAACGAGAUUUUCCCAGCACCUUAAGAACCCCCACGCUCUGCAGCUCGGCCAGAAAUCAACAUUCGCGACCUCGACGGCCUAUAGUAGACAUGGCGACUGGAAAGGGCCCAGAAAACCCGUCACGGUGCUCCCGGAGAGAAACCACGCAACAAAGGACAGGAGGGGAAGGGACGGCCUGGCCGGCGAGGACGACCCCGAGGACGGCGCGAAGCCCAAAAGAGAACCCUGGCAGAUCCAGAAGGAGGCAUUGAAGAAGAAGUUCCCCGAGGGCUGGAACCCGCGCAAGCGGCUCUCGCCGGACGCCAUCGCGGGCAUCAAGGCGCUGCACGCGCAGUUCCCCGAGGAGUACACGCUCCGGACGCUGGCCGACAAGUUCCAGGUGUCGCCCGAGGCGAUCCGGAGGAUCCUCAAGAGCAAGUGGCAGGCGUCGCCCGAGGAGGAGGAGGAUCGGCAGGAGCGCUGGUUCCGGCGCGGCGUCAGCGUGUGGUCGCGGUACGCCGAGCUGGGCAUGAAGCCGCCCAGCAAGUGGCGCCGCGAGGGCGUCACGCGCGACCCGUCGUACCACGAGAACCGCAAGGCGGCGAUCCAGCGGAGGAAGGAAGAGGAGGCGGAGGAAGACGCCGGGGAGAGGUUACAGCGGAAGCUGUCUGACACGAUUCUGUAG